AUGUUCCAAUUCUCAUCCUUGGUCCAAAAGGCCCAGUCAUUCAUUGAUCCGGCAAACUUCAAUCUACCCACCAUCUCGUCCAGCGAUCGCAACCCCUCCAAAGCCUCUCUCUUCCGCCAACAGUUCCGUCUCCCAGACUCUCAAAACCCAUUACAGGAAAUAACGGCUGAAUUGAUUCUUGCCAUUAAUCGCGGUCCGGCUUCGAAUAAUAAUACCCAGGGAGACCGCGCCGAUCAACCCGGAAACAGAUAUACAGGACGUCUCCACCUCAGCGAACGGUUUAUAUGUUUCUCAACUCAACCUACGAGUUUUGUGCCUUCUGCUAGCUAUAAUGCAUCUACAGUAUUCACGGGUCAAACUCACGGCACAGGUCCGUCCGGGAACGGCUUCACAUUGCCCCUCUGCUCCAUUCGUCGCGUCGAACGACUCAACAGUCUCAACCACAUCUUCUCCCUAGCACUAACAACAUGGAAUGGAGCUCUAAGUCCCAACGCCGUUAAAAAUCCAAACUUUGUGCCUCAGAAAUUCACUAUCCAACUGGUUGGAAGCAGGCAGGCCUGCGAACGGUUCUGUGAUGGACUCAGAAAGGGGUUGAGGGAAAGUAUUAAGGAGAUUGAGAGUUUGCGUUCGGUGGUCUUGGACGAGUAUUCAGAAUAUCUUCUGACGCUUCCUCCUAAAGGGAAGGAAGACCCCGAUACACCCGCUCGACAGCCACCUGAUGCGGGACUUGGGAUGGUAUUUCGAUAUCCCGGAGAUGCUCGUAAACUUCGUGAUCGGAGUAAGAUGAGAUUAUGGGCUGAGUAUUUUAGAGAAAACGGACGUAAUGCCACGUUGAUUCGUCAACCGACAUUUCACAAACUCAUUCGUGUGGGAUUACCCAAUCGUCUAAGAGGAGAGAUCUGGGAACUCACGUCUGGCUCGCUAUAUCUACGUUUAAGAUCCCCUAAACAUUACGAAGAAACCCUGGCUAAAUUCUCUGGGCGAGAGUCUUUGGCUAUUGACGAGAUUGAAAAAGAUUUGAAUCGGAGUCUGCCGGAAUACCCUGGUUUCCAGAGUGAGGAAGGUAUAGGACGUUUGCGCAGAGUCUUGACUGCAUACAGCUGGACAAAUGAAUCUGUCGGUUACUGUCAGGCUAUGAAUAUAGUUGUCGCAGCGCUUUUGAUAUAUAUGUCGGAGUCACAAGCAUUCUUUCUACUAUCGGUGCUGUGUGACCGACUUCUUCCCGGUUAUUAUUCUACAACAAUGUACGGCACGUUAUUGGAUCAAAAGGUCUUCGAAUCACUUGUCGAAAAGACAAUGCCGGUCCUUUGGGAUCAUCUCGUGAAAUCCGAUGUCCAAUUGUCCGUCGUAUCUCUACCGUGGUUUCUCUCUCUUUAUAUUAACUCAAUGCCCCUUGUAUUCGCCUUUCGAGUUCUAGACGUCUUCUUCCUCGAAGGACCGAAAGUGUUAUUUCAAGUCGGACUGGCUAUCCUGCGUAUUAACGGAGAAGAGCUGCUGGAUGUACAGGACGACGGUUCAUUUAUUUCCAUCUUGAAAUCAUACUUUUCUCGCUUGGAUGAAUCAGCACAUCCGCGUUCAGAAAACCCCAAGCUCAGAGCUAUUACGCGGUUUCAGGAAUUGAUGGUGGUGGCUUUCAAGGAGUUUUCAGGUAUCACUCAUAGUUCGAUAACUGAACAACGCGAGAAACAUAAGGAUGCAGUUUUGGAGAAUAUCGAAAAUUUCGCAAAACGCACAUCGAUCAGAAAUCUCGGCCCCGAAAGUAAGAAGCUUAGUAUGGAAGAUCUCGGCGCAAUCUACGAUCGCUUCUACGAGGUACUUUAUGACUACGAAGGCAAACAACGACUUUUAGAACAGGAAAAGAAGAAGUUGGAAAAGAAAAAGGUCGAACGUUACUCUGUUCUCGGACCCCCGGUUGACGCUGAAGUUGGGCGUGUCGGGCUCGGUCCGAGUUCGACGCAUAUGGAUUACGAUGCCUUUAGACAGUUUUUAGCGAAUACUGCCAGAUGGGCUAUUGCGGACUCUCCCAGCUCAAGUCGACACUAUUCCGUUUCUGAGAAGGAUCGCAAUAAUGGCAACGGAAGUGUUCGUGGUCGGAGCGCGUCGCAUUCAAAGUGGGCUGAUAAUGUUGAACCUGCUGAUCACGAGUUUAUGCGCCGGCUGUAUCGGAAAUGGAAUGCUGACGAUAGCGAGGGGUUGAGUUUGCAAAAUGUCGUUGUUGGAUUGGCCAAGUUGAAAGGUACACGCGACAUUAUGAAUUCGAUAAACUAUUUCUUUGAUCUUUAUGACGAUAACGGGGAUGGUCAAGUUGACCGCGAGGGAAUUUUGAGGAUUUCAGAAGCUCUUCUUUUCCUGUCGCGCAGAGGGUUCGAUGGUGCACUUACUCCCAGCGAGACGAUGGAAAAUCUUGCAGAUGCAGGAUUGGCAGCUGAACAGCGUGAUAAAGUCAAGAUGAGCGUUGACGAGCGGUUCCUUGGAAGUGUCAGUUCUUUUAUUCGCCGAUGCUUUGAGUAUGCGGAUCCAAGCCAUCCACAGAAUCAGAAACAAAACGACCAGCCUGCUACGGAAGUGGAAGGCGCUGCUAGUAAAUUGGAUGCAUUCUCUAUCGGGGAUGAUGAAGAUGAAGAAGAUUUGAUUGAGGUAGACGAGAAGAACUCAUCACCUCCUCACACACCCAUCUCAACGAGAGAUACAUCCUUACCCGUGAAUUCACCAUCUGGCCGUUCAGAAGCAGCAAACGCAGCUCUUGACCCGAAUAACCCUCUCCACAUCACUCUCCCCACCUUCAGAAUGGUGGUCCUAGCAGACGAACUGUUGGAACAAUUCUUCGAAACCUUCUUCCCGCAAUCCUUCCAUCUCUCCGACCGUCCUCAUCCAGCAUCUCUCACAGCCUCAACCUCACUCUCUUCCAAUCUCACAACCUUCUCCAACAUCGGCGCUGCCGCCAGCCGAUCCACGCUCGGCGCCAUCUCCGGCGCAACCGUUGCCGGCGCAUCAGGUGGCAUAGUUCCACCCAACAAGGGCCUCCGCGGUGUGCUUGACAACAUCGUCUCCGACGGAAUGCGCAUGGCCGCCGAAGUCCGCAAAAAGAUGGAAGAAGCCCAACGCGAAAUGGAGCGCAACGCCUUGAACCGCAAUAACAAUGAAGAAGAAGACGAUGAAGAAGAUGACGACGGUAGAGGUCUGGCUUCUUCCGCCGUCAUGGUGGGAGGAAUAUCCAGCUGGGGUGCAGGCGCAUACGGCAUUGAUCCUGAGCGACGUAGUGUCCGUGAUCGAGAUAGGGAUUUGUUAGAAGGUGCUGAAGCCGCGUCCGUGCUUGAGAAUCAACCGUCUUCUGAAGGUAACGCGCGACAACAUACGCCGUCACCGGCGCCGCAGAGUAAAUUACCUCAAGACGGAGGUGUGAGCAAGGUUGAAUUCAAUGCUUAG